AGAAAGCUCCUCUGACCUAACUCAUCGGAACUGUCUUCUUCUUCUCCAAUUGGCGAGCAUUGAAUUCAAUGCUUCGUCGUCUGCGGCCUGACUGGAAGUUAUGAUGAGCUGGUCCUCAUUUCUCGGGAUCCCAAUUUGCCUAGCUUUCCUCUCCUUCUUUCUGCUCAAAUUUUUCGCUCCCAAAUCCCUCAUUAAUCUUCCUGACGAUAGGCUGUUCACUGCUGAGGAACUAGCUCUUUAUAAUGGGACUGAUUCUGGACUGCCAAUUCUUCUUGGUAUUCUGGGAUCAGUGUUUGAUGUAAGCAAAGGGAAAAGUCAUUACGGUGCCGGAGGUGGCUACAAUCAUUUCGCUGGAAGGGAUGCGUCUCGAGCAUUUGUUUCGGGGAAUUUUACUGGAGAUGGACUUACAGAUAAUCUGCAUGGUCUAACUAGCACCGAGGUGAAUAGCAUCAUUGACUGGAGAGGCUUCUACUUCAGGACAUACAUACAUGUGGGAAAAUUAGUAGGUCGGUAUUAUGACAGUGGGGGAAACCCGACGAAAUACUUGAAAGGCGUUGAAGCAAAGGCAGCCAGAGGCGCUCAGCUGCUCGAGAAGCAGAAGAUUGAAGAAACCAAAGUGCCCAGUUGUAAUUCAAAAUGGAGUCAGGACGAGGGUUCCGAGGUGUGGUGUGAUGAAGGAUACCCAAGGUUAGUUCAGAGACCUAUUGAGAUAGCUAUUACAGGGAAGAUGAGCAAGCGGUGUGCUUGUCUCAAAGCAGACGAACUUGCACAGUCUGGUCUGGAAGUCUACGAUGGCUGCGAUUACUAUGCCCAGAAAUGUCGGCUAUAGACUGAGUCUUACACGCACAAGUUAUUGUGCUUUUCUUAGAUUAAGACAGGUACACCGGGAGUGUAAUAUGGCGAUGGUAGUCGGCGACGUCGGUUCCAUAUGGCUCUGCUAAGUCCCUGAAGGAAGCUAUGAUCCUUCAGUUGUGCUGGAGGCAGUAGGUUUCUGUAAAUGUCUUCAUUAAGAGAUGAGCUACAUAUUCACCAAAUGGGUGAUAAUUAAUCACCAUUCGAAUUUUGCAGUCAUGAAGAAGUAUUGAUUGGACUAUUGGUGUAUGUACUCUGCUUUAAUUUUUAUAAUACUAGUAUUUUGCAAUUUAUAAUUAA